CUACGAGAUCAGUGUGCAAGCUAAAACCAUACAGAAGGGACAAGGAAGAAGAACCUUUACAGCAUCUUUCAGGAAGCAUGUGCAUCGUGGAGGUCUGCAGCUGAAGCUCUCCAAGGAGAGGGCUCUGGCCACAAGUAGAGCUGGCUGGGUGCCUGGGCUCUCACUGGGGAUCUUGGCUGUUUGCCAUGCUGAUGAAGAACUUGCCGCUGCCUUGCUGAAAGCUGCAUCCCUCAGAGGACUCACACACCACCAUGCCAGCCCAGCAGAAGAAAAUAAUCUUUUGCAUAGCUGGGGUGCUGAGCUUUGCUUGUGCGCUGGGGACGGCAGCAGCCAUCGGCACACAGCUGUGGGUUAAGGGCACGAUACUCUGCAAGACUGGAGCCCUGCUUGUCAAUGCCACUGGCCAGGAGCUGGAGAAGUUCAUUGGCAAAAUCCAGUAUGGGCUUCUCUACGGCGAGCGUGUGAGACAGUGUGGACUUGGGGGGAGACCUUUCCAGUUUUCAUUUUUUCCAGAUUUGCUCAAAAUUAUCCCUGCAAGUAUCCAUGUUAGUGUCAUUCUCUUCUGUACAGUACUGAUCAUCUUUGCUCUGGUGGGAGCAGGUUUCUUCAUGUUCAAUGCUUUUGGCAGCCCAUAUGAAACUCUGCAUGGCCCUGUUGGGUUGUACCUCUGGAACUUCAUUGCAUGUUCCUGUGGGUGCCUCAUUAUGAUUCUAUUCUCUUCAGAAGUGAAAAUCCACCACCUUUCAGAGAAAAUUGCUAAUUUCAAAGAGGGAAGUUUUAUAUUCAAGACUCACAGUGAACAGUUUGCAAAUUCAUUCUGGAUCAUCCUGGUUUGCUCCCUGGUGCAAUUCCUGAACACCUUGCUGAUACGGUUUGCUGGAUUUGAAUUUCCCUUUUCAAAAUCAAAAGAUUCAGGGACCGUCACUGGAGCAGCUGACCUGAUGUAUUAGAAUUACAUACUUUAAAAACAUUUCAAACAGAGAGGUCCAUCACCACAAUAUUCAACAGCCACCAGAUAUAAUAACUUGUAAGUGACUAGCUCUAAAGAAAUUUUUAAAAAGUGAAGGAUUCAAAUAAACACCAAUAUGGCAUAUGCAACAAACAAAAGUCAUGCUAUUUGGUAAUGUCUAGAUCAAAACACCCUCUCUUUCUUAAGGUAAAACCUUAUCAAGACAUUUGCCGUUUUUACCAGUAAGAUAUUUGAAAAGCAGUUGCUAUGAAGAAAACUGGGGAUAUCAAUAGCAUUGAACUAGAUCUGGAAACUAAAAUAAAUGGGUUGAAAACAGAGGCACACCAGCAGCAACACUGCUAUCACCAGCAGCAGUUCUGCCCUUUAGCCCUUGUGAAGGCACAGAUACAGUAGUUACCGUGCACUCCCCAUGUUGCAUUGCGUCCUUCCCAAGCCUCACAUCAGUAGAGGGAACCUUGCCCAGAAAACAGCCCUACAAACUCUCUCUCAUCAAACAAUACAAAUAAACAUAGUCAAAACCUUUGGCAAAGAGCAUCAAUGGAGUUACACAACAGACAGGCUUACAAGGCAUGCUGCAGCUCAGCAGAGACAGACAAAGAAGUAUGUGAGGUUCUCUACUUCAAGGCAUGCAGGAAGCCAGACUGGAUGAAUGCACCAGCCCUUGCACCCUUAAACUUCUGCAAGUCAGUUGAAGGAACCAGACUGCUCAUCCCUGAUGCAGCUAAGCCAGCCCAGUUACAGACAGAUACAUCAAAAGAGCAUUAUACCACCAAACACUACCUCCAUGGGAUUAUGCGGGUACUUUGGAGACGAGCCACUCCUUGCAGGACAUAGAAACAAUGUUCAGAGCACACAGGAGUGAAGGUGCCCAGGAGGAAAGCUCCUUCCCCAGCUGCCCAUUUAUCUGCAGGACCUGCAGCUCCUGCACAGCUGCGGGUGAAGAGCAAUCCCACCCUGCAUCUGCCCUGGCACCUGUGGAGAUGGUCAUCCCCCAGAUCAUGUUGGGAUUUGCUUCACAAAACCAUAUGUUUCAAUGACCUUACUGACUUCUAUGCCAUCUUUUAUACUUUUACUGUGAAUAGCAAAACAUUGCUGGGGUUUUUCAGUAAAAGGUUUGUCAACUACACCUCUG